AUGGGCAUCUGUUCCGACUGCACUCUCAGCUCAUCUCAUGCCUUUGUAGUCGCCCGGUGCGUGCACUUCCUGCGCCGGCACCUGCUCGGGAAGAAGAUCGCCAAGGUCUCUGCCCCCGACGAUGCCAAUGUCUUCGGUAAGGUCGGCACUAGCGGUCCGGCCUUCGAGAAGGCAGUGAAGGGACGGAAGGUCGUGUCUGUGGGAAGCCAAGGGAAGUACUUUUGGUACGUCUUCCGGCCUCGCAUUCCAGUACACGUAGGGGGAUCGCCAGCUCACGAAUCUCAGGAUAACCUUCGACAAACCGCCUCAUGCGGUGAUGCACUUGGGCAUGACAGGUAUGAAGCACCCGUCGCCCCUCCGGCACUGCUUUGUCUCAGGGCUGACAUCGCGCAAGGGUGGAUACACAUCAAGGGCGACAAGACUGCCUACACGAACUACUACAAAAAGAUGAAGGACGGUGAGGCCGACGUCUGGCCGCCAAAGUACUGGAAGUUCCAGCUCGAGACCGACGACGACCCCCCCGUCGCGGCCGCCUUCACCGACCCGCGUCGCUUCGGCCGCAUCCGCCUCGUCAACUGCCCUGGUGCCGACAUCCGGAACCACUCGCCGCUCAAAGAAAACGGCCCGGACCCCGUCGUCGAUGCCGACGUCUUCACCGAGGCCUACUUCUGCGACAAGAUGCGCUCGCGCCACGUGCCCGUCAAGGCGCUGCUGCUGGAUCAGUCACACAUCAGCGGCAUCGGCAACUGGGUCGCCGACGAGGUGCUCUACCAGUCGAGGCUGCACCCGGAGCAGUACUGCGACACCUUCGCCGAGGCCGAGUCGCGGCGGCUAUACGAGGCCGUGCGGUACGUGUGCCAGACGGCCGUCGACAAGCUCGGCGACUCGGACGAGUUCCCGGCCGACUGGCUGUUCAACUACCGCUGGGGCAAGGGGAGUAAGGACGCCGCCUCGGCGCUGCCGAACGGAGAGAAGCUCGCCUUCAUCACAGUCGGCGGGCGGACGAGCUGCUACGCUCCCGGGAGGCAGAAGAAGACGGGGCAGGUCGUGGCCUCGGCCAAGGAGGAGCCUGUCGGGGACGAGGAGGGGAAGCCCAAGGCCGUUCCCGGGAAGGCCAAGAGGCGGGUGAAAGCACAGGAGAGCGAGGACGAGAAGCCCGCCAAGAAAGCGCGGGGCGCCAAAGGCUCUGCGACGUCAAAGUCCAAGGCAAAGGUUAAGCAAGAGGAGGAGGAUCAGGAGGAGGAGGAAGCUCCCCAGCCUCCUGCGGUCGAGACCGUUCCAGGACGGAAAUCGCGGGGCUCCAAAGCCGCAGAGAAACCCAAAGCCCCAUCCGGGGCGAAGAAGAACACUGCAAAGGAUAAAGCGAAGGUGGAGACUCCGGUAGAGGAUACGGGUAGUAGACGGAGAUCCCUCCGAUUGAAGAAAUAG